AUGGCGGGCACAAAGCGCACCAACAAGGCGGAAGAGACGGCGUCGCUGGGGCCGGCAAACCCCGUGGCGGCGGCGGAGGGAUCCAAGACGGCAGAGGAGCGGGUCAACGACCGCGAGUCGCUGGAGAACUACAACGGCGACAUCCAGGACCGCCUGAUUGAUCUGGUGAACACGAUCAAGAGCGACGAGCCGCCGUCAAAGGAGAGCAAGGAGGAUCUCGUCGAGGCCGUCGUCUCAUACAUCGAGCAGCAAGCCAAGGGCAGCCUGUCCCAGGAGAAGAUGCGCGCCGAGGUGCGCGCCAUCACGGACCGCUUCGAAAAGCUCGCCAAGUGCCCCGUCGGCGAGAAGGGGACGGUAUACCGCAAGGACACCAGUUACUACACGAACCAGAAGCGCAUCUUGACGCACCGGCAGCUUUCCAGGGAGCGGAGAGAAGAGAACAAGUCGGAUUGA